AAACGACAGUGUUGAACCACGGAGGAAGAGAUUUGCUUUCACGAUGAUAAUUCCAUCAGCUAUUGUUUUUGCGUUUCUGUAUUACUAUUACUUUAAUUCUACUCAGUCGGACGAUUUGUCUUUUAAUCCUGCAGGUUUGAAGUCAGAUUUAAGAAAUGCCCUCUUUGGGCAGCACAUUGUCUCUGAUGUUGUACUAAAAGCUGUCUCCUCGUUUAUGGCUGACAAAAACACAAACAAACCUCUGGUGCUCUCUUUUCACGGGAUUAUGGGAACUGGAAAAAACCACGCCUUUAAAAUCAUCGCAAGAAACAUGUAUGAAAAAGGGGAGAAAAGCAAGCACAUUCACACAUUUAUAUCUCCGUUUCAUUUCCCACACAAAGAAAAUGUGCACAUGUACUGUGCUCAGCUAAAGCAGUGGAUUCAUGGAAAUGUAUCCAGCUUUCCCCACUCCAUGUUUAUAUUUGAUGAAAUGGACAAGAUGCAUCCAGAGCUGAUCGACAUCCUAAAACCUUUUCUGGACUACAAUGACAAUGUGGAUGGAGUAUCAUUUCACAAUGCGAUCUUCAUUUUUCUCAGUAAUACAGGUGGGAAAGUGAUUGCCGACCUGGCCCUGGAUUUCUGGAGAGAAGGCAGAAAACGGGAAGAGAUCAAGAUGAACAGCAGGGAUCUAGAGAUUAUGAUCUCUGAAAGCAUCAGCAAGAACGAGAAAAGUGGAUUUUGGCACUCCAGUCUCAUAGAGCAUCAUCUGAUUGAUCACUAUAUUCCUUUCCUACCUCUGGAGCUGAGGCAUGUGCGCCAGUGUGUCUUGACUGAGAUGGAGCAUCUGAACAAAACCCAAGAUGCUCAUCUGGCAGAUAAAGUGGCCAGAGACAUGCCUUUCUUCCCCAAAAUACACAGAGUCUUUGCUGAGAAAGGCUGCAAGUCCGUCAGGCAGAAGUUGGCGCUAUAUGUUGAUGAAUAGUGAAAGUACCACUUAGUGCCAUUUGAAUGUAUGUGAAUAAGGGAUGU